AUGAGUGACGGCUCAUGUGAAUGCGUCCUUCUUUGCUCCCUGAUUGCCGCAGCCGUGGCUUUGCCCAGGCAUGGAGCCACCAAAUUCGCCCACCAAACCUCCUACAAGGGCCACCAUCGCAGUGCCCCCGCCGCCACCUCGGAUGAUGCCAAUGCCGAGGUAAAACAUUUCCAAUCGGAUGUCAGUGAACAUGGUUUCCAAUAUGCCUAUGACACCACCAAUGCCAUUCAUGCCGCUGCUGCUGGCAGUGCCUAUGGUGAGCAUAAUGGCGAUUUCUCCUGGAUCUCUCCCGAAGGUGAACAUGUUGCCAUCCAGUACGUGGCCGAUGAGAAUGGCUAUCAGCCAAGUGGUGACAUCUUGCCCACACCACCACCAAUCCCAGAGGCCAUCUUGAAGGCUUUAGAAUACAUUCGCACCCAUCCCCGCUAUGAGGAGGAACCAGUCAGGAAGCAAGUGGUCCACCAUGGUGCCAAGAAUUACGGCAGACGUUUCUGA